AUGACAACCACCACACCCUCUCCCUCCGCCUCAGUCAGGAGAAGUUCCGCAGCACUCACCCACCCACACCGGACAAUCCUCAAGUCCUUCCUCUACUGGAAACUUUUCCUCCUCGCUAUCGCCAUUGGCUCGACCCUUGUCAAUGAUCGCGCAUACGAUACUUCGGCCGACUUAUUGCUGAUUGGUGAUGACGAACCUCUCUCUGUGGUUGACGGUAAUGGGGCUGCAGAGCUGGUGAGGAACUUUGGCAAGCGCUUGGUCACGAGGUUUACCAGCUGGGAUGCGAUUUACUUUGUGAGCGCGGCCAAGAGGGAUUAUGUCUUUGAGCAGGAGUGGGCUUUUGGGACGGGAUUGGUGGUUGCUGUGAGGGGGGUUUUGAGAGCUCUCCAAACUCUCGCCCCCCCCCUUCCCCUCACCACCUCUCCGACCGCCCUCGCAGAAGCAACCACCGCUCUCCUCAUCUCCAACGGCUCCCACCUCCUCGCCUCUCUUGUUCUCUACCACCUAACCCUCCUUCUACCACUCCCCGGUUCCAACUCUUCCCCUUUCCAAACAAAGAAACUAGCCCUCCUCACCUCCCUUUUGCACAUCAUCUCCCCCGCUGGCUUGUUUCUCUCUGCCCCUUACGCUGAGGGUUCGUGUGCGCUGUUUUCCUUUUUGGGGUGGUGGUUCUAUGCUAGGUCUUGUUUGUCUGAUGCUGAGCAAGAUGGUACCGCCGCUGUCCCGAAACAGGACAAUAAGGGUGGGAAAAGGGGCAAAGCCAGAAACCGGUUAACCCUAAAAGGGGAUAUUAACCUCCUCCUAGCUGGCCUCUCCUUCGGCUUAGCCACCCUCUUCAGAAGUAACGGCAUCCUAAACGGGUUACCGUUCGCUUGGGAAGUUUUCACUCUCCUCACGGGCCUUGCUGUGUCAGGAGGGAGCACCCCACCGCUCAAGACCCUGAGACGAUUGAUCGCCCUAGGCCUAGGCGGGAUCUUCGUAGCGAUGGGAAGUAUCGUGCCGCAAACUGUGGCGUGGUUGAGGUAUUGCCCUUCUGGGAGUUUGUGGCUGUUGAACAAGUUCCUGUCAUUGUCACCAGGGACCACCUCCUCCGCUUCUGGGGUUGGGGUAUCCGGGACAUCCGGGGUUAGCGGUAGUGGAAGUGCCCGCGGCUACGGCGGUAGUGGAAGUGCCCGCGGCUACGGCGGCAGUGGCGUUGGUGCUGGCGUGAGUGUGGGUGCUGACACUGGUGGGUUAGAGGGACUUGUGGCGCAGGAAGAAGCGAGGGAGUGGUGCACUGCGGUGGUGCCUAGCAUUUACACGUUUGUGCAGAAACAUUACUGGAACGUCGGCUUCCUCCGCUACUGGACCCUACCCAACAUCCCUCUCUUCCUACUCGCUGCCCCGAUGCUUGCCAUCCUAGUCAAGUCGGCAUUGGACCAGCUCAGUCAGCGAUCUCCAUCUUCCGCAACAGCAGUAGUGACGCUUAACUCCGACAGGAAGGACAGCACGUCGCCACCCGCUUGCGGUUCCGGUUUGACUUCUUCUUUAGAUCCAUCAUCAGGCCCCGUCAAGUCCGAAGCAAUAGUCACCCACCAAGACCCUGAGCCCAAAACAACAGCUCAUGACCAACGCAUGCAAAUCCUCAUCCGCUCGGCAGCCGCGGAACAGAUACUGCUCGCGGUCCUCGCGCUAAGCACGUACCACGUGCAGAUCAUCACGCGGAUAUCGUCCGGGUAUCCGCUGUGGUACUGGUGGUUGGCUCAGCAACUUAUCGGUGGUGCAGGUGGGGACAAGCAGGACAAACAAAAGAACAAGAAGCUGGGAAAGGGGAUCGUGGUGUUCAUGGUUAUGUAUGCGGCGGUUCAGGGGGUGUUGUUUACUUCUUUUUUGCCGCCUGCGUAG